AUGGAGAACAGGAAAUUCAAGGACAAUCAGGCACGUGGUGAAAUGUGGACACCAAAGACGCGACUGGGAUUGUUGGUCAAGAAUGGCCACAUCAAAAGCAUAGAUGAGAUCUUCAAGCACUCUCUCAGAAUUCAGGAGCCAGAAAUAGUGGACCAUCUGCUGGGAAAGGACAAGUUGCAGGAGGAGCUUCUCUCAAUCAAGUCAGUCCAGAAGCAGUCUAAGGCUGGUCAGAAGACGUCCAUGAAGGUUGUUGCAAUUGUGGGCAAUGGAACAGGGUACAUUGGCCUAGGAACCCAUUCAGCACGAGAAAUGAGCACUUCUAUCAAAGGUGCCAUUUCUAAGGCAAAAAUGAACAUUUUCCCAGUGAGAAUGGGCCAGUGGGAAGGACUUGGCACAAACAAGCAUACAGUGGCAUGCAAGGCAUCUGGAAAGUGUGGGACUGUCAUUGUGAAGGUUGUUCCAGCACCAAUUGGAACUGGAAAUGCGUGGUCAGACAUUCAAAGGCGUAUUUUCGAGCUGGCUGGAAUCCAGGACAUCUUCAUUAAGUCGUUUGGGUGCACCAGGACGACUGAGAACCUGGCAAAGGCAACGCUGUUGGCUCUGAAGAAGUCGUCUGCGAUGUACAUUCCAUCACAGUGGAAUGACAGCAGAAUCAGCGAGAAUCCAUUCAUCAAGCACAGCGAUACAAUCAGGCAGCUUGAGAAGAAGAAUCUUGCUCAAUGA